AUGCCGGUCUUCCUGUCAUCUAUCGUGGGAGAAAGAGCUUGUCCCUUUCCGUCUACCCAUCCUAGUGGGCUGCCUAGCUGUCUCUUUGGACUUGCUUCUGGUGGUGGCCUGUGCCCGACUGGUUCUCUCUGUAGCGCUCAGCCUGCGGAUGAUCUUUCUGCCUUAGUAUCUUAAGUGUUGAGAUUCGGAGAGGAUUGGUGAUCUAUGUGUGUUUCUUCAAGGGAGCCAACACAGAACUUCUUCCCAAAAUGGUCAAUACGCUGUUAAACGUGAAGUUAAGUGAAACGGAAACCGGCAAGCAUGUCUCCAUCUUGGAUCUGCCUGGCGACAUUCUGAUCAUCCCCCAGGCCACCCUCGGGGGCAGGGUGAAAGGACGGAGUAUGCAAUACCACUCAAACUCUGGGAAGGAGGAGGGCUUAGAGCUGUACUCCCAGUUUGUGUGUCUGUGUGAAAAAGCCGUGACCAACAACAGCAAGUGCGUAGAAGCGGGGGUUGCAGUGGCGCACGGCACGUACGGGAACAGGCAAGUGUUAAAGCUGGACACCAAUGGACCGUACACGCACCUCAUUGAGUUUUGAAAAAUUCCGUCCCACCCCGCUUCCUGUACAAAACGACCUGGUCUGUAGUUAGUUUUUUUUUGUUUUGUUUUGUAUUUGUUUUUGUUUUUGUUUUUUCUCCCUCCAUUCAUCUUGAAGACACAGAUCUGCAACAUAUUUAGGCAAGAAAAUCCUUGCUCCAACCUUGGCAUAGAGUGGUACAUUCCUUUAAUUCCAGGGCUUGGGAGGCAGAGGCAAGCAGAUUUCUGUGAGUCGGAGGUCAGCCUGGUCUAUAUGUCCUAGGACAGCCAGGACUACACAGAGAAACUCUGUCUCCUAAAACAAAACGUUAAAUAUUUAUGCUGGGCAUAGUGGUGCAUGUGCCUUUAAUUCCAGCACGACAGAGGCAGAGGCUAGAGGGUCUCUGUGAGUUCAAGGUCAGCCUGGACUUCAUUGUGAGUUCUGGGGUAGGCAGAGCUAUAUGUGAGACCCUGUCUUGAAAAAACAAAAAACUAAUAAAUAUUAAAAAUUUAAGAUACUUUUUAGAGUGAAAAGUAAAUGACCGGAAUUAGACAUCUGAGGGAGCUGCUGGAGUCUUCCUUGUGUCCUAGACUUUCUUAGCCUGUGUUUUGAUGCUUUAGAUUCCUAUUGCUCAUACACCCCAAAGUCCACCCCCCCACUUUCAUAGCUUUCCUACUGUUCUAUUUUGAAACUUAAGAAUCGAUAACUUGAGCUCAUUGUCCUUAGCUUUUGUUUUAUUGAUUCACAAUACAGUUGUUGAAAUGUAAUAAACUAUUCAUAAGCUUAGAAA